AUGUCUCCAGACCCCAAUGCGCCAUGGACCGGGCCUGCAGCAAAGGAUAUGCUCGCAACACACACGCUUGCGCAGGAAAUCAUCAACAGGCACGAGGACCCCUGCCCAGUCCUAGGCGGAUCCGAAUUGGAGCUUCUUCGUGACUAUGUUAUGGAUGCCUCUCUGGCUCAUGCCCGGGAACUGUUGAAGGACCGUGGGAUGAUCGAUGAGGAUGGAGACGGACUCGGGUUAAGGGCACAGGGCAAGAAUUCCUUGAUCGGAUACUGCAUUGUUCGCAAUCUGGACGUCGAAAGGCGCGGCGAUGCAGCUAAAGGGCCAGGCUUCGGAACAGCGCUCACCAGCGAAGAGAUAGACCUCCUGAAGGAUUGGUUCCAGAAAGGUGCUGCUGAGGACAGGAUUGAGGGCUGGAAGGCAGGUCGCAAGGAAUGCGAAUGA